GUCCGGAGGCUGGCCAGCCCCGGACAGCUCGGGGCUUCUUAGGCAGUUGUCAGAGUUCGGCUCUGAACUGAGGUGCGCCUUGUCAGCUUCUCAGCUCGCUUGCUUGCUCGGUCUCUCGGCAUCAUGGAGGGGGCUUCAUCGGCGGUGCCUGGCUUCCUGGCCAAGCUCUGGGCUCUGGUCGACGACUCGACCACCGACGACGUGAUCGGUUGGAGCCGGAAUGGCCAGAGCUUCAGCAUCUUGGACGAGCAGAAGUUUUCCAAAGAGCUACUUCCCAAAUACUUUAAACAUAACAAUCUCUCCAGCUUCAUCCGCCAACUCAAUAUGUAUGGUUUUCGAAAGGUGGUCACAGUGGAGAAUGGAAUGGUUGCCCCGGAGAAGAAUCCAAUGAUUGAGUUCCAGCAUAUGUUCUUCAAACAAGGGGAAGCCAACCUUCUGGAGAACAUCAAGCGUAAGGUGUCAUCUGGGAAAGCAGAGGAGUUCAAAGGCUACUCUGAUGAUGUGCAGAAAGCCCUGGCUGAGGUGCAGGAGAUCAAGGAGCAGCAUAUUGGCAUGGAAAACAAGCUGGCAAGCCUGAAGAGGAAUAAUAAAGCUCUCUGGAAGGAAUUGGGCAGCCUAAGACAGAAGCACGGCCAACAGCAGCAGCUAUUAUCAAAGAUCUUCCACUUCUUACUUGGUUUGAUGAGAGGAAACUACAUUAUGGGCGUCAAGAAAAAAAGGUCAUUGCCAGACGGGUCUGGUUCCCCACCUUCGAAGUUCAGCCGCCAAUGUGUCCCGAUCCCCGUGGAGAAUGGGGAAGCUGUGGAUGUCUUAGACCCUGGUUCACCAACUACCCAGGAUUCCAAUGGUGUCAUGAUUCAGGAUAUCACAGCUUCUCUGGAUGAUGACCCCAGUUUGUUUGGGGUUCCAUCUUCACCUUCCACUUUAAUUUUAUCUCCAACUCUCUCUGGAGAUCUGCCAAGCCUAAUUGAUGGGAACAGCCUUCUGUCCCCAGUGCACAUGAUCCCAUCCUUUGGGUUGGACUUGGAUAUGACUGACUGCCCACUUCAGAUCACUGAAGACUCCUUGGAGCCUGAUGAGAUUGGGGACCUUCCUCUGGAUUUCCACUCCUCCCAGGCCAGUGACUCUGAAGACCCUUCUGCCGUUAUUGACUCCAUCUUGAAUGACAGCUGUCUGUCUAGCCAGAGCAGCAUCUUUUUCAACAGGAAUGAAAUGCAGGAUUUUCUGAAUUGUAUCGAAACCAAUCUGGAGGAGCUACACUCAAUGCUAUCUGGGAAGAAACUGAACCAGGACUCUGAUUUCCUGAUCGAGACUCCACCUCUUGACUUUCCAAUCCUGAACAUGAAUGAAGCCGGAACCUCAUCCAACAUGGCUGACACCCUGCUUUCCAUAAAGAGUGUUGAAGAAGGUGGAAUGCCCUGUGAAUUUGAAGCUGAUGAAAAUAAAGACUUGAAGCUGGUCCAAUACAUGGGCAACCCUCUGCUUUCGUUAUUUGAAGAGCUGCCUUCCUUUGAAGACAGACCCCAAGAUGCCAGUGACUUCUUCCUGCCUGACCUCGACGACGAGGAGGAGGAGGCCAUACCCACCUACUUGGAGGACUCCGAUGAUCCUCUCUGCCUUGUCGCGCACAACCUGUCAGAUCAUUAUGGGAGUCCACUUGAGCCUUUCCAGUCCCCGCUGCUCUCAGAAGACCCAAAUGGGGAGUACAAGCUCUUCCCCCUGUUGCUUCUCAGCCCUGUCGCCAACUUCAUCGAGGAGGCCACAGAAAUCGAAAACACCACCUGAGCCCCUGGGCUUACAUUCCCCCUGCCUAGCUUCCUCUUCAAGUCUGUGAGGCCCCAUCACCAUCUGGGGCCGUUAGUCUCUAACCUCCUCACAUGGCCAAAGGGCAGGCCCUUGGUAUUGUGGGUGGGUUACUAGGAGGCCCGUAGCAUCUGCAAUAGAUGAGGAGGAAGGUUUACACUACACUCACUGGAGGCAGGGGAAGCCCCCAUUCAUUCCAAGCCAAAGUUCCAACCUGCAAUUUUUAGGGUAUGCUGUUCUUGUAUAGGUGCAAAAGCUGUGUCUAAGAUGUCAUAAAAUAGGGCUCUUUCUUUUGUGAUCCAGGGACUAGAACAUUUGCUUGUGCACGGGGAGAUCUCCCAUCCCAGGAUUCUCCUGGGCCCAUUUGGUCUGUCUGUCGUAGAAGCAGGUUAUUUCUCUAGUACUUCAAACAAGGAACAAAGCUUCCCCCCCCCCUCGUUUGCAAGUAGGUUUAUUUGCAUAGCCAUGUAUUGCUCUUUUUCUACUCUUAGACUCCAAUCUAGUUCGGUUAUUUACCAUUUUCUUUUCCUAUGGAAAACGGACCUUUUAAUACGAAGUGUUAUUUUUACAUAGGGCUGCCCCAUUCAUUGCCUGACAAUCUGAAAGUGCCCCUUCCCCGGGGGCUGAGCCCACCUACACAUCUGACUUGGCAGUCAGGCCAAAACCAAGGUGGGCAUCUGGGGUACUUGAGGAAGCCCACGCUAUUUCUCCAUAAGCUGAUUGCCCCAGAACAGUGUGCCCUGGGAUGACAGAUGAGAAAAGGACAUGCAUGAAGCUUCACGAACUCCCUGUUCCACUUGUUCUGCCCACCCGCCCACACCCUCCACUCUAGCACCUUAGUCAGGCUCAGUGUUCCAGUGUAGGCCAGUUGGGUAGCUCCCUUUGCAGGCAAUUGUGCUUCAAAAGUUGGGGGGAGAGGUGGGAGGGGAAGGAGGGCAACACUUGUCCCCACUUUUCUGUUUGUUUUCUCCUUUACCUAAAGGGUCAAGUACCAAAAAGCCAGUAGUGAAAUGAAACUCGAAAACGAUCUCAUUUUUAUUUUGCACAUUUCUUCAACAUCUAAGAGAUUUUAAAUAUUGCAUAGUGUGCAUUAUGAGAAAUACAAGCUUCAAACAGUGUCUACUUUCUAGGGAAUAGUCCCCCCCACCUCCUCCCCUACCCCGUUUUUUUCCUGUUAGCUUUGCUCUUCUAGUCCCGUUUUUUUGGUUUGCUUUGUUUUUGUAGCUCUCUUGCUGCUUUCUGUAUACACUCUUUCAUGUGCUUCUGCUGCCUUCCCCAUAAAUAAUAGCCUGUUGGGGAAAUUGUAUUUUAGCAAAUAUUAGGGUUUCCAGCUGCAUCGCCUUCCAAACGGCAUGUUCUCUUACAACACAUACACAACAAGCUAACGUUGUCUUCUUUCUUAAACGAAGACCAUGGGUUUUGAUUCACAGAAAAGUUAGGCUCAGUACAGUUGGCACAAUUCACACAAUGAUAAGAUGAUUGUUUCUUGCUGUGUUGCUCUAAUUGCUGUUUCACCUUUUUUACACGAGGUUAAUAAAGAAUUUCACCAACA